AUGGUGCCUCCUCCUGGAGUUGCUCACCGAUUUGGUGAAGUUUACAGGUUUCGUAAAGCUCUCUAUGGACUCAAACAAGCACCACGUGCUUGGUUUGCCAAGUUCUCCACGGUGGUUACCUCGCUUGGCUUUCAUCCCAGUAAUCAUGAUUCAACUUUAUUUGUCAAGUGCACGCAUGUAGGUCGUAUACUUUUGUCUUUAUAUGUGGAUGACAUGAUAAUUACUAGUGUUGAUUUUGAUGGAAUUGAGUCUUUGAAGUUUGAAUUAGUUCACUAUUUCGCUAUGAAAGACUUGGGUUUGCUACGUUAUUUUCUGGGGAUCAAGAUCGCCUCUUCUCCUAAAGUUUAUCUCUUAUCUCAGUCAAAGUACAUAGCUAAUCUAUUUGAGUGUGCACGUCUCACUGACAAUAGGGUAGUUGAUAUUCCCCUUGAGAUUAAUGCUAGGUACUCUCCAUUAGAUGGUUCUCCUUUGCCAGAUCAUAACCUCUAUCGUACAAUUGUAGAAAGCUUGGUUUAUCUCACUGUGACUCGUCCUGAUAUUACGUAUGCUAUACAUGUGUAUCUUUGGGAAACUCAUUUUCAAAGCCACUUAUUCCCUUCUACUUCCUCGUUAGAGCUUUGUGCAUACUCUGAUGCUAAUUGGGCGAGUGACCUUAUGGAUCGUAAAUCGACCACCGGCUUCUAUAUUUUUCUUGGAGAUUCUCUUAUCUCUCGUAAAAGUAAGAAGCAAGAUGUUAUUUUCAGAUUCUCCACAGAAACUGAGUAUCGUGCCAUGGCUACCACCACUUUGGCUCAGUGGUCGGAAUACACCACACAGUGCAAAACGUGGGUCACAAAGGUAAAGGGCAAUAGCAGUAGCCCAAAGGCCGAAUUAGCGGUGACUCGAAAACCGGCGCAUCACCCAAUAGGAGUGUCGGAUAGCGACGACGGCACCGUGCCUCCGACGAAGGCCGUGGGUCUGCUAGUGUCCGUCAAUGGAGGUGGCAUCGGAGGGCAGUAG